AUGGGAAUAAGUCUCGAGAGAGCAGGAUAUCUUUCCUUAAUUGGCUUGUUAAUCAGAUCAAAUAUGUUUUCAAAACUGGUGCAAAUUGUUGCGGAAAUGACUAAUGCUGGACAUUCUCUUGGAAUCUAUCUGGCUUCACUUUUAAUUUAUAGGCUUGGUUGUGCUAGGCGGCCAUCUUUUGCCUUGAAGAUUUUCAAUUUAUUACCUGAUAAUCAUAAGUGCACUGCUACGUACACUGCUUUAAUUAGCACUUACCUCUCUGCUAGAAGAGUUAAUAAGGCACUCGAGAUUUACAAGAUCAUGUGUCAAAAAGGAAUUUGUCCUACGUCGGGAACUUAUAAUAUAUUAGUAGCUGGUUUGGAAAGAAAUGGCAGAUACUCUGAAGCAGAACUUCAUAGAAAAUCAAAGAAGAAUCUGCAUUCUAAUAUUGGUACUCGUGAAAGUGUUUCCACAGAGGGAAAGAUGUGUGACCUUCUAUUUGCUGGGGAUGUAAUACUUUGA